UAUACAUUCAAUGAGCUUACUUGUUUAACAUAACAUAAUCCUCUCUUAUCAAUAAAGUUUCUUCCUUUUUUACUGUACUUUGAUGAAGUGAGCGCUUUGCAUCAAUCUCAGUUAUCAUCACCAGCUUUGAAUUGGGUCAACCCAGGUUGAAUUUCAACAAGUUGGAGUUUUUCAAUUGAUUUCUGUUUGUUAAAUCAAUUUACAUGAAACCCUUUUGAGAUCUUCUCCAAUAAUUUUGAAGGUUAAGAAGUCACUAGUAGGUUAUUGGGUAUAGUUAUUUGAGCUAUGGAUACAGAUUGAGGAACUAUAUGUGCUGUGUGUUUGAGGAAAUAUCAUAUACCCUUUGAGCAUAUUUAUCUUAUUUUGUCUCUGCGCAAUUGGUCGAACUUCGUGAUCAAUUGUUAUGUUUCUGUGUUUAUCCUCUUAAUUUAGUAUCAGAUUUGGGUUGUGUUUUGUUUAAGGUUGUUUUGUUGGGCUUUAAUCUUUAGCUAUGUCAGAGAAGAGUAUGGUUCCCUCUAGGUUAAUGUUUUGUGUGAUGCUUAUUUCUAUGUUCCUUUUGGUUCUGUCUUCUCUUUUCCUACUUCAGUUUAGUAGUCAUUCUUUUAUACCUAGAUCAGUUUUGGAGCUUAUCAUUGUCAAUAACUCAUCGUUUUACUUUACACCCGAUUUCAAGAGGGAACAAAUCGUGCUCCCUACCGAUUCUUCUGAGGAUUUAAAAUUUCAAAAGUUGAAACCUAGAGAAUCUGAUUGGAAAGUUUCCAAUUCGAGCGAGAGAGAACAUUCUGUAGAACAAGAAAUGAAUAUGGCAUGUGACCCGAAUCGGGCUCUAUUGAAAGUAUUCAUGUAUGACUUGCCUCCGGAAUUUCACUUCGGGUUAUUGGGUUGGAAGGGAAGUGUAAAUCAAACAUGGCCUAAUGUGGAUAACCCCAGUCGUGUCCCACGUUAUCCCGGGGGACUUAAUUUGCAGCACAGUAUUGAAUAUUGGCUCACACUUGAUAUUCUAUCAUCAGAAAAUGCAAAAACUGGUCGGCCUUGUACUGCAAUUAGAGUUCGGAAUUCAACUCAAGCAGAUAUAAUCUUCGUUCCGUUUUUCUCUUCUCUGAGUUACAAUCGGCAUUCCAAGGUUCAAGGGGAGGGACAAGUUAGUGUUAACAAAAUGUUGCAAGACAGAUUGGUACGUUUCUUGAGAGGGCGCAAAGAAUGGAAACGUGCAGGUGGGAAGAAUCAUCUGAUUGUAGCUCACCAUCCUAACAGCUUGUUGGAUGCGCGAAGAAACUUGGCUUCUGCUAUGCUUGUGCUUGCAGAUUUCGGAAGGUAUCCUGCUGAGUUAGCAAACAUCAAGAAAGAUAUAGUAGCUCCCUAUAAACAUUUGGUGAGUACUAUUCCAAGAGCAGAAUCACCUUCAUAUGACGAACGAUCCACACUUGUGUAUUUCCAGGGGGCGAUAUACAGAAAAGAUGGAGGAGUAAUUCGUCAAGAACUGUAUUACCUUCUCAAAGAUGAGAAAGAUGUGCAUUUUGCAUUCGGAAGCAUAGGAGGAAACGGUGUUAAUCAGGCAAGCCAGGGCAUGUCGACGUCCAAAUUCUGCCUUAACAUAGCCGGAGAUACUCCAUCUUCCAAUCGACUCUUUGAUGCCAUAGUAAGCCAUUGUGUUCCCGUGAUCAUCAGUGAUGAAAUUGAGCUACCCUACGAAGAUGUUUUGGACUACUCUGAGUUUUCCUUGUUUGUUCGCGCCGCUGAUGCCAUAAAGAAAGGCUACCUGUUGAAAUUCCUUCAUAAAAUCAAGCGCGAGGAAUGGACCAAGAUGUGGGAAAGAUUGAAGGAGAUUACGCACCACUACGAGUAUCAAUAUCCAUCCCAGCCCGGGGAUGCAGUGAACAUGAUUUGGCAGGAAGUUGCGCGGAAGAAAUCUUCAAUUCAGUUCAAUUCACACAGAAAGAACAGAUACAAUAGAUCUCAGCUUCUUAUCAAGACUAACUGAAAUACUGAGAUUGUGUUUUGAUGGAAUCAUUUGACUCUGUUGCAUUCAACAUAUCAAUGGGAGAGAGAUAGACCUUGUUUCUGUAAUAUGCAUCUAGCAAGCUAUGUACCCCUCCCUUUUCACUCUUUUUUCCUUAUCUGUGUUUUUCAUCUUAAUAAAAAUUUAAGUAUUAUUUUCCUC